CACGCAUGUCCAGUGUGACCUUUCAGUGCAGCUGCCUGAGAAGGCUGCGCAUGCCGAGAGGACGACGAGGAGCCGAAACACGACGACUUUACCAGCGUAACCCCGCCGUAAAUGGGUUUAUCAGCAACACCAAACGCUACUCUCGUCGCUCCCGUUCACCUCGACCAAAUUGUGGUGGAUGGAUUAUUAUUAUUCACGUCUCACCGAGAAGCCUCACAACGCCCUGUCAGCAGCGGCGGCCAUCGCUCCGUCAUUGACGCUGGAGAAUACUGUAAUCUGCCUCUGCAAUGGCAGUCUUUAGUCACCAGGUGCUCCUUGCAGUCACAAGAUCAAGGGGAUCCUAUUUGUUAUCCAAGAGGAACAGCUGCUCCUCGUUGUCUUCCAAAGCCUAUCUCAACGUAGACCCUCCUCGCCAGGUUUCAUCCUCGCUCGCACUCGGGCACUCCUGCUAUGGCUCCCCCCACUGUUACCGCGGCCACGGCAUCGGCCGCGGCCACAACUCGGCCCUGCUCACCCGCUCUCUGCACAGCUCAUCUGUUUGGCUCCAGGAGAUAAAGCAGGAGGACACUAAAGCGUCACCAGCCGCCGCUCAGAGUGCUUCCUCGGAAGCUUUCCCGGAGGCUAAAAAGUCCCAACCUCCAUCGACUCCCGCUCCAGCAUACGCUAGCACCACCACUACCACAGCGGCCACCACCACAACAGCCACCACCACAGCGGCAACUGUUCCUCCGGCGCCGGAGAGGGCCGUUGUGAAAAAGGCUCUGUAUCAGAAGAUUGUGGAUGAGUUGAAGCACUACUACAACGGUUUCCGGUUGCUUGGCAUUGACAUCAAGAUUGCGGGCAGGAUGGUGUGGAGGCUGCUGCACGGACAGCUGCUCACACGCAGGGAGAGGAGAAGGCUGUUGCGGACCUGUGCUGACCUGUUCCGCCUGGUGCCCUUCACGGUGUUCAUCAUCGUUCCUUUCAUGGAGUUCCUUCUUCCCGUCUUCCUCAAACUCUUCCCGGAGAUGUUGCCCUCCACCUUCGAGACAGAGUCCAAAAAGGAGGAGAAGCAGAAGAAGGGUCUGGCAGCGAAGCUGGAGCUGGCCAAGUUCCUCCAGGAGACGAUCGCUGAGAUGGCUCGACGGAAUAAAGCGAAAGCUCAGACGGAAGACGAGACGCAGCGCUUCUCCACAUACGUUCAGAAGGUCCGCGGCACAGGCGAGCAGCCCACCACCAAGGACAUCGUCCGGUUUUCCAAGCUGUUCGAGGACGAGCUGACGCUGGAGCACCUGGAGCGCCCCCAGCUGGUGGCUCUGUGUAAACUACUGGAGCUGCAGCCCAUCGGCACAAACAACUUGCUGCGUUUCCAGCUGAUGAUGCAGCUCAGAACCAUCAAGUCAGACGACGAGAUGAUUGCAGCAGAGGGUGUGGCAGCUAUGAGUGUGUCAGAAUUACAGGCCGCAUGCCGUAGUCGAGGGAUGAGGUCUCUGGGUCUCACCACCGACCAGCUCCACCAGCAGAUACAGCAGUGGCUGGACCUGCACCUGAAGGAGAACGUUCCUCCGUCGCUGCUGCUGCUCUCCAGAGCCAUGUACCUGACGGACCUCAAACCAAAACCUCCAGUCAUCCCGCCUGUUCCCAAACUCGAGAAAUCUACUCCCCCUCUAGCGGAGAAUACCGGAACAAACACAACCUCAGUGUGCUCGGACAUGUUGACGGACCCUGCGCUCAUCAUCAAAGACAGACCGGUCGAGGAGAUGAGAGACAUGGCUCCAAUUGUGUCGGACAAACCUCUGACUCCAGCCGAAGUCCUUCAGGCUAAAGCAGCAACAGCGGUGUCCCAGAAGAGCAAGAUGAGUGCCAACGGCGUGUGAAUUGGGGCGGGAGACUCUGGACCGGACAGAGGAUUGACUCGGCUCUGUGUCCUGAGCGCCAUUUCAGUGAACCUCAGUUAUUUUACUUUUUUAAAAACACCUUCUCGUGUCCCUCGGGACGAGAGGGAUGAGGGAGGGGAACCGCUGGCUCAUCUAGGAGUCCUGUCCUCUCCGUCGACACCCACGGGAGGGUCUGCUGCCUCUUCUGCUUUGUCUCGAGUCGCUUCGUCUUCGUACCAUCAAGCGCUCUGCGUUCACAUUCAUGUCCCGUCAGCCACGAGCACGCCGGACUGGCAGAUGGCAGGUGGUGCGACAACCUUCCGUCCCGGAAUCGAUGCCUCAAACCCACCCCGGGUCAGCAGUCUGUUUUGAUGGGAGAGCCCCCCCCC